ACGUCACGUCCACGCAAAGACUCAGUGACGUAGUACGCAAGUGUCCGCACUCCGCAGCUCAAGGCCUGCCAGUGGACGGAAGCUCAGUGCGCGCAGAGCUAGUGUCUUCAAGAGAAAAACAAGACGAAUACAACAUACCGCGGGGCUCAGAGUGUAGAAGACGCCAGAGCUGUUCUUAACCUGCUCUUGAGCUGGCUCUGUAUCUUCUGAGAGGAUUUUUGGAGGGGAAGUUCUUCUUGAAUGCUCAAGACGCAGUCAGCACGGUUUUCAGCAUGAACAGGAAUAAGCGUGAGAAGGAAUACUACAGCUUAGAUGUAGGAGACUCCACAUUCACUGUUUUGAAGCGCUAUCAGAAUCUAAGACCGAUCGGAUCUGGAGCACAAGGCAUCGUCUGCUCUGCGUACGACCAUGUCCUUGAACGAAAUGUUGCAAUUAAGAAACUUAGCCGACCCUUCCAGAACCAAACCCACGCUAAACGAGCCUACAGAGAGCUGGUCCUGAUGAAGUGCGUCAACCACAAAAAUAUCAUUGGCUUACUGAAUGUGUUCACGCCUCAGAAGACACUUGAAGAAUUCCAGGAUGUGUAUCUGGUGAUGGAGCUGAUGGAUGCUAACCUGUGCCAGGUCAUUCAGAUGGAGCUGGACCACGAGAGACUCUCAUACCUGCUUUAUCAGAUGCUCUGCGGCAUCAAACACCUACACGCUGCUGGCAUCAUACACAGGGAUCUGAAGCCCAGUAACAUAGUAGUGAAAUCAGACUGUACUCUGAAGAUCCUGGACUUCGGUCUGGCCCGGACGGCUGCCACUGGCCUCCUCAUGACUCCCUACGUGGUGACACGCUACUAUCGUGCUCCCGAGGUCAUUCUGGGUAUGGGUUACCAAGCCAAUGUGGAUAUUUGGGCUGUGGGCUGUAUUAUGGCAGAGAUGGUGCGGCACAAAAUCCUUUUUCCAGGGAGGGACUACAUCGACCAGUGGAACAAGGUGAUCGAGCAGCUGGGAACGCCGUCUCAGGAGUUCAUGCUGAAGCUCAACCAGUCCGUGAGGACGUAUGUGGAGAACCGGCCCCGCUACGCUGGAUACAGCUUUGAGAAGCUCUUCCCAGACGUGCUCUUCCCUGCAGACUCCGACCACAACAAACUGAAAGCGAGUCAAGCACGAGACUUGUUAUCCAAAAUGCUGGUAAUCGAUGCGUCUAAACGAAUCUCGGUGGACGAGGCCCUCCAGCACCCUUACAUCAACGUGUGGUACGACCCGUCAGAAGUGGAAGCGCCUCCACCGGCGAUCACGGAUAAACAGCUAGAUGAGAGAGAACACACAGUCGAAGAGUGGAAAGAGCUGAUAUAUAAGGAAGUGCUGGACUUGGAGGAACGGACGAAAAACGGGGUUAUCCGAGGACAGCCGGCCGCCCUAGGUGCAGCAGUGAGCAAUGACUCCCAUGAGCCCUCGACGUCCUCGUCCUCCACAAACGACGUCUCGUCCAUGUCCACAGACCCCACCCUGACCUCGGACACAGACAGCAGUCAGGAGGCGCCCGCAGGACCGCUGGGCUGCUGCAGAUGACUGUCCUCCUCCUCCCCACUUCCACCCAUCACACUUAGUCUCCUGUCUUUCUUUCUCAAACUCACACCUUCUUUUGAAUUGACAAAGUGUGAGAGGUAAGAGUUUUUGAGGGCGCCUUCAGAGCUCUUACUCCAAACCAGCAUUUGUUUGAUUGCUUUGGUUUUUUGCAUCUGAUUGAAGCUACUUCUCCGGCAUCUUGCCAUUUGGAUGUGGAAUGAUUUGAGUUUACUUGUAAAGAUGAAUGGGGAAUAUAUUUUUGAGAUGUUUUAUUUUAUUUUUUAGUGUUACGGCACACACAUUUUUUUUUUUUUUGGAUGAAUGAGUGUUUCUUCACUGUUACUGCUGUUUUGGAGUCAGUGGUGUGUAAAAUCAGUGUGUUCGGCGGCAGAGUUGGUUUUUAAUAUGACGUGUGCUUAACCACGAUUUUAGAUAGACGAUAAACACUUUUUAAAGUGCUUUAAGGGUCUGUAAGCUACUCUUUUCUCUUUCUAAUGUCAUUGCACGACUGACUUCACGUAGUAUGCUCUGUAAAAACAUGUUUGGGUUUUCAAACGUCACCAUAGGUAAUCUAGUCUGUACAUAUUUCAACUUGAAACAAAGUAACCCACAGCUUUCAGCACACUUCAACACUGUACAGCCUGAUGUAAAGGUUUCAUUUUAUGAUAUGGAACUGAAAUUGGGUAUUUGGCCCAUGCAUACGAAAGGCUUUUGAAUCCAAGGGCCCUGUUUUGAUCGAUCGGAGCAUGAGUAGACGUGUUUUAAUCCCACUCUUCUGUCCACUUUUGACCACUUCUGUUCUUUUGAGUGGAGGGUCUAUGGGCCACUGUAUCUGGGACUUUUCAGAUUUUUUGAUCUAAUAUUGUGAAAUAAGCUUGUGCAAUUUACAUAUGAGCCCAACACAUUUUUUGGAAGCUGUUUUUGAAAUGUUUGCUGCAUGGAUAAAAAAACAAAAAGGAAAAUAUAUCAAAAUUGUGCUGGGAGAAGAAAAAACAACAUUAGUCACUUAUAAGUUGGCAGCAAAUGCUUUAAAUAAAAUCUGUAUUCAGAAUAGAACAAGAUAAAAACCAGGAAAUAUAAUUAGCUACAAAAUUAUAAU